AUGCCUGACGUUCAACAAGCCGCACACCCGGAUCGCCUUGCUCUUGCUAUAGAUUUGGAUGGUGAAGGUGGGCUCUGCGGUCCCCUCCAGGAAGCCCUUGUUGUUGGCUCCGCCGCUGCCCAGAAGAAACGCUUCUCCGAGGCACAGAAGGGCCAGUACGUUACUCAGAGAGACCUCCUCCUCGACAUCCUCAACCAACUUGGGCUGCCUUACACUGCCAGAUGGCAUAAGUCAAGAACGUCCACUAGAGCCAUACUCAUUGCCUGA